UCUGCUGGCUCAGCCUGGUGUGGACCCACCUCCCGGGCUCUGGCUGCAAUGACUUUCUCUUUCCCUUUGCAAUUGCCUUGGGUCCUGCCGCACAGAGCGGCCUGUCUUUAUCAGAGGUCCCUCUGCCAGGGGGAGGGCCCCAGAGAAAACCAGAAAGGGGGUUAGAGACUGAGGAAGAUAAAGCAUCCCAGUGCCUCCCACACCAGCGCCUGAGCAGGAAGGGGGAGGGGCCAUGACUACGAGGCCCUGGGAGGUCACUUUAAGGAGGGCUGUCCUAAAACCAGGAGCCUCGAGCAGAAAGUGAAACCCUGGUGCUCCAGACGAAGAUCUUAGUCAGGACUAGCCGGCCAAGGAUGAAUCCUCAGUUCAGGAACACAGUGGAGCGAAUGUAUCGAGGCACAUUCUUCUACAACUUUAAUAAUAGACCCAUCCUUUCUCAUCGGAAUACUGUCUGGCUGUGCUACGAAGUGAAAACAAAGGGUCCCUCAAGGCCCCCUUUGAACGCAAAGAUCUUUCGAGGCCAGGUGUAUUUCGAGCCUCCGUACCACGCAGAAAUGUGCUUCCUCUCUUGGUUCUGUGGCAACCAGCUGCCUGCUUACAAGCGCUUCCAGAUCACCUGGUUUGUAUCCUGGACCCCCUGCCCGGACUGUGUGGCGAAGCUGGCCGAAUUCCUGGCUGAGCACCCCAAUGUCACCCUGACCGUCUCCACCGCCCGCCUGUACUACUACUGGGAAAGAGAUUACCGAGGGGCGCUCCGCAGGCUGCGUCAGGCAGGGGCCCACGUGAAGAUCAUGGACUAUGAAGGUGAGAGGUGGAGGGGUCAGGGGAUCGUGAGCGGGAGGAACAGCAUGAAAGAUGGAUGGAUCUGCAAUGCCAUGGCUGGGGGUGUCCCAGGGCAGCCUGCAGGGGCGGGGCCGGCACCGAUGGCAACUGACAGCCAGGAGACCAGGCCUGGGAGCGCGGGCCCAGGGUCAGGGCAGAGCCUGACUGCUUCCUGCCUCUUCAUCUCAGACUUUGCAUACUGCUGGGAAAACUUUGUGUACAAUGAAGGUCAGCCAUUCAUGCCUUGGUACAAAUUCGAUGCCAAUUAUGCAUUCCUGCACCACACGCUAAAGGAGAUUCUCAGAAACCCUAUGGAGGCAACAUAUCCACACAUAUUCUACUUCCACUUUAAAAACCUACGCAAAGCCUAUGGUCGGAACGAAAGCUGGCUGUGCUUCACCGUGGAAGUUACAAAGCACCACUCACCUGUCUCCUGGAAGAGGGGCGUCUUCCGAAACCAGGUGGAUCCUGAGACCCAUUGUCAUGCAGAAAUGUGCUUCCUCUCUUGGUUCUGUGACAACACACUGUCUCCUAACACAAACUACCAGGUCACCUGGUACACAUCUUGGAGCCCUUGCCCAGAGUGUGCAGGGGAGGUGGCCAAGUUCCUGGCCAGGCACAGCAACGUGAAUCUCACCGUCUUCACCGCCCGCCUCUACUAUUUCUGGGAUACAGAUUACCAGCAGGGGCUCCGCAGCCUGAGUCAGGAAGGGGCCUCCGUGGGGAUCAUGGAAUACAAACAUUUUAAAUAUUGUUGGGAAAACUUUGUGUACAAUGAUCAUGAACCAUUCAAGCCUUGGAAGGGACUAAAACGCAACUUUCUAUUCCUGGACAGCAAGCUGCAGGAGAUUCUCAAGUGACGGGUCUCCCCGGGCCUCAUGGUCUGUCUCCUCUAGCCUCCUGCUCAUGCUGUGUGGGCCUCCCCUCCAUCCUGGACCAGCUGUGCUUUUGCGUGGUCAUCCUGAGCCCCUCCUGGCCUCAGGGCCAUUCCGCAGUGCUCCCCUGCCUCACCGCCUCCUCCCCGCUCUCCCAGGCUCUUCCUGCAGAGGCCCCUUUCUGCCUCCACGGCUAUCCGUCCACCCACCAAGACCCUGUUCCCUGAGCCUGCGUGCCCCUAACCCGCCUUUUCCCAUCUCCCCAGUGUAACCAAAUUUUUUUUUUUUUUUUUUUUUUUGAGACGGAAUUUCGCUCUGUCACCCAGACUGGAGUGCAAUGGCUUGAUCUUGGCUCACUGCAAACUCUGCCUACCAGGUUCAAGCGAUUUUCCUGCCUCAGCCUCCCGAGUAACUGGGAUUACAGACGCCUGCCACCACGCGCAGCUAACUUUUUUUUUUUUUUUUUUUGUAUUUUUAAUAGUAACUGGGUUUCACCAUGUUGGCCAGGCUAGUCUUGAACUCCUGACCUCAGGUGAUCCACCCAUCUCAGCCUCCCAAAGUGCUGGAAUUACAGGCAUGAGCCACCCGGCCCGGCCGCAUAACCAAAUCUUAUUGAACUCACACUUGGCUGGCCGUGGUGACUCACACUUAUAAUCCCCCAGCAAUUUGGGAGGCAGAGGUGAGAGAAUCGCUUGAGCCCAGGAAUUCUAGACCAGCCUGGGCCACAUGACAAAGCCCCAUCUCUACAAAAAAAAUACAAAAAAAAAGAACAGGUGUGGUGGCACGCACCUGUAGUUUAAGCUACUUGGAAGGAUGAAGUAGGAGGAUUGCUUGAGCUGGGAAGGUGGAGGCUGCAGUGAAUUGCGAUCACGUCACUGAACUCCAGUCUGAGCAACAGAUCGAGACCCUGCCUGAAAAUAAAUCAAUAAAUAUGAAUAUAUGUAAGCUGAAAACCAGAAGUUUUGAGAAACAUCCUUUGUAAGUUUCAUCCUACGAAUUGGGUCAUUCAUGUCCCACCCAGCUAAAACAGAGGCCAGGAGCUAGGGAGGAAAAGCAGUCAGGCCACACACCAUUGCUCCCAAAAUGGACUUCUCUGCAAGCCUGUCUCCUGAAACUGUGCGUUGUACCCUGAAACCAGCUUUAUCCAUAGCUUCUACGAUAAAUGGCUGUAAGUCUUGGACUCCUUGCUCCAAACGCAGUGACUCAGCAAUGGAACCUUCCAGCUCCCAACCCUUCCUAGUGCCCACGGGCUUUCCCAUAGGGCAAGAGAACAUUUCUCCUUUUCUUUUUUUUUUUUUUGAAAUGGAGUCUCGCCCUGUCACUCAGGCUGGAGUGCAAUGGUGUGGUCUCGGCUCACUGCAACCUCUGCCUCCCUUGUUCAAGUGAUUCUCCUGUCUCCCGAGUAGCUGGGAUUAUAGGCGUGCACCACCAAGCCGGGCUAAUUUUUGUAUUUUUCAUAAAAACGGGUUUCAUCAUGUUGCCCAGGCUGGUCUUAUUUUUAUUUUAUUUUUUGAGAUGGAGUCUUGCUCUGUUGCCCAGGCUGGGGUGCAGUGGUGCAAUCUGGGCUCACUGCAGCCUCUGCCACCUGGGUUCAAGCUAUUCUCCUACCUCAGCCUCCCAAGUAGCUGGGAUUACAUGCGCGUGCCACCACGCCUGGCUAAUUUUUGUGUUUUUAGUAGAGACGGCGUUUCAACAUCUUGACCAGGCUGGUCUUGAACUCCUGACCUCAUGAUCCACCCAUCUCGGCCUCCCAAAGUUCUGGGAUUACAGGCGUAAGCCACCUGGCCAGGCUUAGGCUGGUCUUAAACUCCUGACCUCAAGUGAUCCAACCUCCUUGACCUCCCAAAUUGCUGGGAUUGCUGGUGUGAGCCACAGCGCCUAGCCCAUUUCUCCUUUUUGUAAAACCUGCUGCUGUCUCUGUUCUCCCGACAUGGUGAACACCACCCAGACUGCGUGUAUGUCCCUAAUUACAAUUCUUUGUUUGCAAAUGACAUGUGAAAUUUAGAGGCCCUUCUCCACACUUUAAAUUUGACUUGACAUUUUCUAGGCAGAUGUAAGUUAUAAGAGAAUCAGAUUCUCUAUAAAAAUGACCCCUUCAUGCUGUGGCCUCCACAGAAGAUGCCCCGGGCCAGGUGCCCACAUGGCAGGCAUUUAUUUUCUCACAGAUCUGGAGGCUCCAAGUCCAAGUUCGAGGGGUGGGUUGGGUUGUUUGCUCUGAGGCCGCUCCUCCUGGCUGGCAGGGAGUCCCUUCUGGCUGUGUCCUCUGUGGCCUUUCCUCUGUGCACCUGCACCUCUGGGGUCUCUCUGCCUCCAAAUAUCACCUUUUUUUUUUUUGAGACAGAGUUUUGCUCUUGUUUUCUAGGCUGGAGUGCAAUGGCACAAUCUCAGCUCACUGCAACCUCUGCCUUCCAAGUUCAAGCGAUUCUCGUGCCUCAGCCUCCUGAGUAGCUGGGACUACAGGCAUGUGCCACCACGCCUGGCUAAUUUUGUAGUUUUAGUAAAGACGGGGUUUCUCCAUGUUGCUCAGGCUGGUCUUGAACUCGUGAGCUCAGGUGAUCCACCCUCCUCAGCCUCCCAAAGUGAUGGGAUUACAGAUAUAAGCCACCGUACACAACUUUUUUUUUUUUGAGAUGGAGUUUCACUCUGUUGCCCAGGCUGGAGUGCAGUAGCAGGAUCACUGCUCACUGCAACCUCUGCCUCCUGGGUUCAAGCAAUUCUUCUACCUCAGCCUCCUGAGUAGCUGGGAUUACAGAUGCCCAGAACCAAUCUCUGCUAAUUUUUCUGUUUUUUAGUAGAGAUGGGGUUUCACUGAGGAAGGAGACCACCUCUCUCAUUGUCUCCUAUUUCAGAAGGAAGCAAAAAGUUAGAAAGAUGCAGAAGUAAGAUCAAUGGCCAGACUGUUUGGCACGGCUACCUGGGCCUGGUAGUUAAAGAUCAACUCCUGACCUGACCACUUGUUUUAUCUAAAGAUUCCAGACAUUGUGAGGAAGCAUUGUGAAACUUUCUGGUCUGUUCUGCUAGCCCCCACCACUGAUGCAUGUAGCCCCCAGUCACAUAGCCCACGCUUGCACAAUCUAUCACGACCCUUUCACGUGGACCCCUUAGAAUUGUAAGCCCUUAAAAGGGCCAGGGACUUCUUCUUCAGGGAGCUCGGAUCUUAAGACGCAAGUCUGUCAAUCCUCCCAGCUGAUUAAAGCCUCUUCCUUCCUAAA